AUGAAUUUAGUUCAAAUUUCUAAAGUACGACUCCAAAAGAUGAUGGAGAGUGGGUGGACAUCUUUACUUGAUGAUAUUUUAUCUUUUUGUGAAAAACAUGAAAUUGAUGUUCCCCAAAUUGAAGAUAUGUUUGUAGCUCGAGAGAGAAAAAUGUGUAAUGUUCAAGAAAUUACAAACUUACAUUACUAUCGCGCUGAGUUAUUCUACACUGUUUUGGAUAUGCAAAUUCAAGAACUAAAUGCUCGUUUCACUGAGUCGAACACUGAGUUGUUACUUUGUGUGGCAUUUUUGAAUCCAUCUAACUCUUUCUCUGGUUUUGACAGGAAAAAGUUAAUUCAUCUUGUUGAAUUUUAUCCCAAAGAAUUUUCUUCAAUGGUGCUCAUGGGACUUAAUGACCAACUUGAUACAUAUAUUAUCGACAUGCUAUCCGGUAGUAAGUUCUCAAUGUUGAAUGAAAUUGCCGAUCUUGCUAAGAAAAUGGUAGAGAUUGGAAGAGGCAAACCUGGUUCGGAUUCCAUUGGAAUCGUUGCUAUUUCUCAUUGUUGCACUGGUGUGGCAGCACGUGCUUGCGGCCUGGUGGGUUUAGAGCCUACAAGGAAUGUGCCCCCUGCAAUACUACUUAGAUUCUUGCGGGAGCACAGGUCAGAAUGGGCAGACAAUAGUAUCGAUGCUUACUCAGCUGCAGCUGUUAAAGUUGGUCCCUGUAGCUUACCAGGGUCUAGAGUUGGAAGCUUUUCAGGUCAAGUUAUUCUGCCACUGGCUCAUACUAUUGAGCAUGAAGAGUUAUUGGAGGUCAUUAAGCUGGAAGGUGUUGGACAUUGUCCUGAAGAUGCAAUAAUGCCUAGAGACAUGUUUCUCUUGCAACUAUGGAGCGGAAUGGAUGAGAAUGUUGUUGGCACCUGUGCUGAACUUAUAUUUGCUCCUAUCGAUGCCUCUUUUGCUGAUGAUGCACCUCUUUUGCCUUCUGGUUUUCGCAUCAUUCCUCUUGAUUCUGGCAAGGAAGCUUCCAGUCCAAAUCGUACCCUUGACCUUGCUUCUGCUCUCGAGAUUGGACCGGCUGGAAAUAAAGCAUCUAAUGAUUAUACUUCUAAUGGUGGCAGUACAAGAUCUGUGAUGACAAUAGCAUUUGAAUUUGCAUUUGCAUUUGAAGGUACAGUGGAGCAUGACUUUGAUGUUUGA